CUCCGCUUAGCUGUGUUGGUUCAUCGGGGAAAGAGUGAUGAAUUGCUUGCGGGCUUUGAAAAGAUUGCUGAAGCUGCAUUCUUGAUGAUAGUUGUCUUUGCUGCAGAAGUUAGCAAACAUAAGCUGAAUAGCAAAACAUCUAAUGAGUUCAGACCAGAGGUCUCCUCACAAAUCCUCGUAACUUUUUCUUGCAUUGAAUAUUUGCGGCGAAUCCGCUUGCCUGAGUAUACCCAGGCAGUUCGCCGUGCUGUUCUGACGAUCCAGGAGAAUGCACCUUCAUGUGUUUCAUUUGUUGAGUCAAUGCCCCCUUAUGGUGAGCUAACCAAAUCACAGGGCUCAAUUGCAUUGGUGAGAAUGAGAUACAAUUGGUCACAAGAUGAAGUGCAAACAGCUCGUAUAUCAUUUUAUUUGCGGGUUUUACCAGCUUGUAUAAGCCUUGUCCCUACUGCAAUGUUUGGAGAGCGCAUAGCUCCAACAAUGUUUUUAUAUAUGCAACAUCCUAAUGAGAAAGUAAUCCGUGCUUCACAUUCAGUAUUUGUUUCCUUUGUAUCCUCUAGUAAGGAUUCUGAUCAGAAUGAUAGAGAUGCUUUAAAAGAGCAACUUGUUUUCUAUUACAUGCACAGGGCUUUGGAGGUUUAUCCCCAGAUCAAUUCGUUUGACGGUUUGACAUCCGGAGUUACAGCUUUGGUCAGACAUCUCCCUGCUGGUAGUCCAUCAAUAUUCUAUUGUGUUCAUAGCCUUGUAGAAAAAGCUUCUGAGCUUUGUAGGGGAGCCAUGAGUGAAGAUCCAACUGUGUGGAAGAACUGGGAAGGAAACUCAGGUCCUCCUAAGAAGACUAUUGAUCUUCUCCUUCGCCUCAUCUAUCUUAUUGAUAUACAGGCAUUGCCAUACUUGUUAAAACAGCUAGCCGAGCUGAUGAUUCAGUUGCCCAAAGAUGGCCAGAAUGCCCUUCUCGAUGAGAUGUACUCUCAAGUUGCCGAGUCUGAUGAUGUCACUAGAAAGCCUGUCCUGGUGUCGUGGUUGCAGUCGCUCUCAUAUUUUUGCUCUCAGAAAACAUCUCCAGCAGCCGACAAGCCUGAGAAGCAUGGAAGCUCUGUGGCAAGUAAAGGCCUGAGCUUCAUCAGAGGCAUUGCCAAACUCUAAAUGGCAUUCUUGUGGUCUCAAUUUUCUCCAGUGAUACAAACUGUCUUCGAUAUACAGAUCGAGCUCGGUGAUUCAGGCAGGCCAGCUAAUUUCUAAAGGGACACCUCGAUCGUUAAAUAGAAAGGACUGUCAUGAUUUACGAUCCCUGCAAAACUUAUGAUUUUCUGUUGCUGUCAAUGGUAAGCAGCAUGGCAGUUGCGGCAUGAAAAGGAAGAUGGGAGUGAUCCCUCUUUGUGCAAAUAUUUAUUUGGUAACAAAUCAAUUUGUGUAAAGAUUAUACAGGUUUUCCUGCUUGCUUUUUGGACAAUUUAAGCAAUGCGUAGAUGAACUUUAAAACAUUAAGAUGUUUAUAUAGAGACACUUUGAGUUCA